UGAAAUGUGGGAGGAAACCGGAGCACCCGGAGAAAACCCACGCAGGCCCGGGGAGAACAUGCAAACUCCACACAGGGAGGCCGGAGCUGGAAUCGAAGCCGGAAUCGAACCCGAUACCUCUGCACUGUGAAGCCGACGUGCUAACCACUGGACUACCGGGCCGCCCAGGAAAUAUAUGAAUGUUAUAUUAUUAUAUGCUAUAUUGUGAUUCAUUUGACUUAUGUUCAGGCAAAUGCUUAUCUUGCAAACAGUGACAAUAGUCCAUAUGGUGUUUUAAAUUUUACUUUAUUGUAUCUAUCUAUCCCUCAAAGGGAAAAUUCAACGUGAAUUUUUCGUGUGUUGGUUCAUGUAUUUUUAAUGAGGAAACCUCAUUUUACCCGUCUGAACAUAAUUACGUCAUCAGUAUAGAUCAAUUUAUAUUCCAUUGAAUAAAAUUGCACAGUGUCACUCGUGUUCCGUUUUCCUCAUUACUUUUUGUUGUUUUACUUUUUGUGAAAGUUUUUAACACACCUUUUUGUAGACACGCAUCUUUAGCGUUUCUGGGUAGUUCACGUGGCUCGCCGUCCAACGCGGUAUCGAAAGCGUGUAAAAAAGUGGCCAAAAGAAAUACAACUUUAUUUUGGAAAACGACCUUAUUGUCAGCAGUAAAGAUGUCGAUGAACGGACUACGAAAGCUUUUCCAGCGCCUUGUCAGAGAUGAGGAGCCAAAUCUGAGUCCAUUUGACCGCCUACAGCAGCAGAUGGAGGAUAUCCUGGGUAAUGGAGGAAUCCUCAAAGAGGUGAUCUACCCUGGAUAUGGUCCCCCUGUAACCCAAAGUGCUUCAGUCUUGAUACAUUACUCCGGCUUCCUGGAAUAUUCUGACCUGCCGUUUGAGACCACUACUCACCUCAAGCAUCCCCGACUCAUGAAGCUGGGUAGAGACGUGACUCUGAUGGGAAUGGAGCUCGGCCUGCUGACCAUGCGCCAAGGCGAGUCCUCCCGCUUCCUCCUGCAGCCGCGUUACGCCUACGGAGACAUGGGGUGCCCGCCGCUCAUCCCCGCUGCUGCUCGCGUUUUGUUCGAGGUCAAAAUCCAUGAUGUCCUCAACACAGGACAAGUGGACGAAUUUGUCCAACUGACUGCGGAGGAGCAGAAUGAGUGUCCAUUUUCCAAGCUGAUUGAAGUGGUCAGCACGCUUCGUACUUUAGGCAACAGAUGCUUCAAGCAGAGUCGCUACGAAAAAGCCAAAGAGCAUUACAAGCAGGCGUUGGAGUUGUUGGUCAACAGGGAGAUUCCCAGCGAUGCCGAACAGGCCGAGAUCCAGGCGGCGCUGCUGCCUCUUUAUCUGAAUUUAUCCUUCGUGGCGCUUCGUCUGGAGAGGCCGCGGAAAGCUCUCAAAUACGCCAAGAAGGCUCUGGAGAUCGACUGCGGCAGUACCAAAGCACUUUACCGCUGUGCACAGGCGUACGUGGAGCUGCGAGACUACGAGAACGCUCACGGUUGCCUCGUCAAGGCUCGGGACAGGAAUCCUUUUGACAGCGACGUCACCAACCUCCUGAAGACCGUCACAAUGUGCUACAAAGACAGCUUGGAUAAAGAGAAAGACGUGUACGGCAAGAUGUUCCCAGGCUUAUAAGAGGCCGCAGGAGAUGGUAA